CUCUGGGGUACACCACAUAUCUUAGGCUCUUUUCACACUUGCAGCAAUUGGAUUCAAAGCUAGCAGCCACCGAGUCAAAGAACAAAACUCACUCCAUUUAAGCGAGGGAGAAAGAGGGAGAAAAAAACCAGAGAAUGGCCUACGCUGCCGUGAUUUCUGUUUUGAAAACUCUGGUCGAGCUCCAACAUCCGUUUCCAUUUCAAGAAAUCGAUUAUCCUGGAUCCCAAGUCCGCGAUCUCCAAGAGAAUCUCAUCUUCUUGAAAGACUUCCUCGAAACGAUUUCCCCCAAAGCCCGAUAUUUGGAAGACCUAAUCAGAGUGGCGAUGUACGAUGCUGAAGACGCUUUAGAUUCCAAUCUCUUGAAUUUCAUCCCCAAUUCAGAAAGCUCAGGAUGGGCAGAAGACAACUACAUGCGGAGUUUCUCUCGAGCCUUGGAGAAAGUAAACAAUACAGUUGGUUCAAUCGCGAAAGAGGCCAAGGAGAUCAGCCCUAACGUCAAGCGCCCCCUCCCCUUGCUGAUGCCGCCAACACCAGAAGUCAGCCGCAGGAACUUGAUUGUGGGGCGUGAGGAUGACUUAACCAAUCUAAAAUCUCGGCUCACGGGCGGAUCUGACAAGCUCGCAGCGGUUCCUAUAUAUGGGAUUCGUGGGAUUGGUAAGACCCGUCUCGCCCAAACUGUCUAUGACGAUCCAGAGAUUGUAAACAUGUUCAGAUUUCGUGCUUGGGUUAAGGUAUCACAAGAUUAUAGCAAAAAGGAAAUUCUGCUGGGCGUUCUGCGCUCGAUGAGUAAGCUUGACAGUGGGAAAGGUCAAGAGAUUGCAGAAGACGACUUGGCAGAGCUUCUCUUCAAAAAUCUGAGGCUGGGGAAGUAUCUCAUUGUGUUGGAUGAAGUAUGUGAUCCUGAGGCCUGGGACAAUCUCAAGGAGUUGUUCCCAGAUUACUACAUAGGAAGUCGAGUCAUGUUAACCACGAGGAUGAAGGAAGUGGCUGAGAAUGGAGGGGAUUUCAUGAAAAUCCUCCCCCUCGAUGGAGAAGAAUCCUGGGCUUUGCUUCAAAGCGAGGUCUUUCGCUACAAGGCAUGCCCAGAGGAGUUGGUGACAACUGCAAAGCGCGUCUCGACAAACUGCAAAGGUAUCCCUUUAGCAAUAGUAACUAUUGGGGGAGUUUUGAUGGAGGCUGGCCCCAAGGAUUGGGCGAUUGCAGCUUCUUCUCUCAAUGACUGUGGCGACUGUGAUGAGCUCAUAGACGCAGUCUUGUCGUUGAGUUUCAAGAGCUUGCGCCAAUAUGCUAAAGCUUGCCUUCUCUAUAUGGGGAUAUUCCCAAAUAAUUACGACAUACCCCUCUCGAAGCUACUCAAAUUGUGGAUUGCUGAAGGAUUUAUUGAGUGUAAUGAGCAGUUCAAUAGCCCGGAGAAAAUGGGGGAAGGGUGUUUGUCUAUGCUUGUGGAAAGAGGUUUCGUUGUGGUUUCUAAGAAGAGUCCUCUUGGCAAGAUCAGUACUUGUCGAGUAGAUGGGGUUUAUUAUGAGUUUCUAAAGAAGAAGGCUAAGGAGGAGAAAUUCUUUCAUGUCGUAAAUGACUACACCAGCUCUUUCCCUGAUGAAACUUGUACACACGGACGGUUUUCCAUUCGUGAAAACAUCCAAUUUGAGGGGAAAUAUGAGUUGAAGUUGAAAAAACCAGUCAGGUCUCUGCUCUUUAAUGGUGCAAAAGAGCAGUAUCCGUUGUGGGUGCACUUCAAUUUCAAGUUGCUGAGGGUGUUGGAUGCUCUUAAAAUCCAGUUCUAUAGCUUCCCUGAUGAGAUUCUCAAGUUAAUUCAUUUGAGGUACCUUGCUCUCACCUAUUCUGGUGAGAUCCCAGACAAAAUAUGUGGGCUUUGGAACCUUCAGUUCUUGAUUAUCCUCCGACAUCUCAGCAGCAAAACCUUUGAGGUUGUGUUGCGUCUGCCGCUAGAAAUUUGGAAUAUGAGUGAACUGAGGCAUCUCCAGUUAAUGGGGAGAAACUUGCCGGAUCCUUCAACAACUAUCAUACAGCUAGAAAACCUUGUAACGCUUCUGGAUGUGAGCUCUCAUAGCUGCACCCAGAAAUUUUCAAGAGAGUUCCCAACUUGAAAAUAUUAGGAGUUCGGAUUGAAUCACCAGCAUUGGAUGGUGCUGAAGACUUCAGCUUUCUCAGUCAUCUUGCCAAUCUUGAAAGCCUUGAAUCUUUCAAAUGUGUGGUUAUGUGUCCUGAUUUUGCGUCUCAAGUAGCAUCUCACACCCCCUCUCUCCCUGCCUCUCUUACAAAGUUGUCUUUGAGUGGGUGUGGGCUUUCGUGGGAUAAUAUGAAGGUUAUUGCCACUCUACCGAAGCUUGAAUCACUUAAACUGAGGUGGCAUGCCUUCCGCGGGGCUGAGUGGAAGCAGGAGGGAGAUGGCCAGGAUUUCCCACAGCUGAAAUUCUUGCUGCUUGAAGACUUGGGUAUACAGUGGUGGAAAGCCGGCAGACGACAUUUCCCUAGGCUGACAAAUCUGGUUAUUAGGCACUGCUACAAAUUGCGAGAGAUCCCUGCAGUAAUUGGCAAUAUCACUACACUUAAAACGAUAGAAUUGGUUGAUUGCAACGCAUCUGCUCUGAGAUCUGCUCAAGAAAUAAAGGUGGCUCGACUGAGUAGAGGAUAUGUUCAGGUCGACUUCCAUUCUUCACGUGAUGAUUAGAAGUUGUCCGAAUUCAGGAAUGAGUAAUUAUGGAAUGGGAUAGGGAGUUGAUGUGCACAACUUGUUUAUGUGUUUUCAUUGAUUUAGUAUUUUCUACUGCAUGGAAUUAUACUCUCACAAGUUGAGUCUAUGCUAGAAUUUGUUUACACUAGUCUAUGCUUGUGUUAAUGAGAUCUCUGUUUGAUCAUUUUCGAUUGAAUAUCAUGAUGUGCUUUCGUGAAAUCUAAA